AUGUCUUCGAAAGCACAAUUCUUGCGAGAGUACAAACUCGUCGUCGUCGGUGGUGGUGGUGUCGGAAAGUCGGCCUUGACGAUCCAAUUCAUUCAGAGUCAUUUCGUUGACGAAUACGAUCCGACUAUCGAAGACUCGUACCGAAAACAAUGUGUCAUUGACGAGGAAGUAGCGCUGCUCGAUGUUUUGGAUACGGCUGGUCAGGAGGAGUACAGCGCAAUGAGGGAACAAUACAUGCGAACAGGUGAAGGUUUCUUGCUAGUCUACAGCAUCACAUCUCGCAACUCGUUUGACGAGAUCUCGACAUUCCACCAACAGAUCUUGCGAGUCAAGGACAAGGACUCUUUCCCCGUCAUCGUCGUCGCCAACAAGUGCGAUUUGGAAUACGAGAGACAAGUAGGAAGCCAUGAAGGUCGCGAAUUGGCCAAGCACUUUGGCUGUCGAUUCAUCGAGACAUCAGCCAAGCAACGUAUCAAUGUCGACGAGGCUUUUAGCAACUUGGUUCGCGAGAUCAGGAGGUAUAACAAGGAGCAGACUAUGGGUCGUCCCGGUGCUGCAGGUGCUACUGGCGCGCAAGGUGGUAUGGAACGAUUCCAGACAGAAGAGGGUUCGCACAAGGGUGGAUGCUGUGAGGGUUGCGUUGUUCUCUGA